CCAUGUUGGAGGCGCCCGCCAUGGCGGCGGCGGCGGUGGAGGCGGCGGCGGUGGGGGCGGCGCUGGCGGAGCUGGCGGAGCUGCUGGCCCCGGCGGCGGACGAGGCGGUGCGGGCGGGCGCGGCGGAGGCGGCGCUGGCGUUGUCGGGGGACGCGGCGGGGCGGCGGAUGCUGGCGGGACGGCCCGAGGCCCUGGCGGCCCUGGCGGAGCUGGCGGUUGGGCCGUGCCCGCCGGCGGCCCGCGCCGCCCUGAGCUGCCUGGUGAACGUCUCGGCCGAGCCGGCGGCCCGUGGGCCGCUGCUGGCCGCGCUGCCCGCGCUGCUGGGGCUGCUGCCGGGCGGGCCCGCCUGCGGGGUGCUGGCCAACCUCUGCCGGGAGCGCGGCGCGGCGCGGCGGGUGCUGCGGGGCCUGCGGGAGCGCGGCCCCGGGCUGGAGCCGCUCCUCCAGGCGCUCGGCGAGCCCCGGCCGCCGUCACAGCUCGGCCCGCUGCUCUGCAACCUCAGCCAGCUGCCCGAGGGCCGCCGCGGGCUCCUCGACCGCUCCCGGUGCUCGGUGCAGCAGCUCCUGCCCUUCACGCAGUACAGGGACUCCGCUGUCCAUCGCCGGGGCAUCGUCGGGGUGCUCAGGAACUGCUGCUUCGAGUACGAGGACCACGAGUGGCUGCUGAGUGAGGAGGUCGACAUUCUGCCCUUCCUCCUCCUGCCUCUAGCAGGCCCCGAGGAAUUUCCUGAGGACGAGAUGGAAAGGCUGCCUGCGGACCUGCAGUACCUGCCCCAGGACAAGCGGCGAGAGGAAGAACCCGACAUCCGGAAGAUGCUGCUGGAAGCCAUCAUGCUGCUCACAGCCACCAAGGCCGGCCGGCACGUGGUGAGGGAGAAGGGGACCUACCUGAUCCUGCGGGAGCUGCACCGCUGGGAGCGGGAGCCCGACGUGCUGGCUGCCUGCGAGAAGCUCAUUCAGGUGCUGAUCGGGGACGAGCCCGGCGCGGGGAUGGAGAACCUGCUGGAGGUGAACGUGCCCGAGGAGGUGGAGCAGCAGCUGCAGCGCCUGGAUCGGGAGGAAGAGGAGCGGUGGCAGCGGGAGCGGGAGGAGCGGCAAGAGGCACAGGGCUCCGCGCCGGGACCCGAGGAACUGUCGCGGUGAGGGGCUGCCGUGCUCGGCCUCUCCUGCACGGACUGCAGCUCCUGGGGGGGUGACGCUGCCGGGACGAUCUGCUUGUUGGGGUGACGGCCUGGCCUCCUUCCUCCCUGCUCUUUGUGGAGCAAAUCUGGGGUGCUGCAGGGCAGGCCCCCCCUCGCUUCGCACAGCUCUGCCGCUCCCUUUGCGGGACAGCGCUGAGAUGCGGCGGGGAGAGCGGGGAAGGGGCUGCUGCCACCCGCCCGUCGCCGUGGGGCUGCCCCACUGCCGCUCUGCCCGCGGCCGUGCCUUGCAAAAUAAAAGGAUUC